UCAUCGACCCAAAAAAGCACGCGACAACCAGCUUCCCACCAUGAUUCCCAGAACAUUACUCCGACAAUCAAGGGCUCUGAGCUCCAGCAUACGGUCCUCUCCUCGAGGAUCACUAGCAAGACCACAAUUUCGCCCCUCGAACCUAGCUCUCCCUACCUCCUCCCAACGAAUAUCCUCAUCAUCACGAUGGUACUCCUCCGAAUCCACAGAGGCGAAGAAAGAAGACAAUGCCGCAGAUUCGAAAUCAGAGACCAAGAAUGGAGAAGCCGAGGAUCCUGUGAAGAAAGAAUUAGAGGCGAAGAAUAAGGAGAUCAUUGACUUAAAGGAUAAAUACGUCCGCCAAGUCGCCGACUUCCGCAACCUCCAAGAACGUACCAAACGCGACAUGGAAGCAGCCAAAGCCUUCGCCAUCCAAAAAUUCGCCAAAGACCUCGUCGACAGCGUCGACAAUCUCGACCGCGCGCUAGCCAUGGUACCGGAAGAGAAGCUCACCGCCACCGAGAAGACCGAGCAUCUAAACGAUUUGAUCGCUCUAUACGAAGGCCUGAAGAUGACGGAGAAUAUCCUGAUGGCUACGCUAAAGAAGCAUGGAUUGGAACGCUUCGACCCAAGCGUUGAGGGCGAGAAGUUCAAUCCGAAUGAGCAUGAAGCGACGUUCAUGACGCCGAUGCAGGGCAAAGAGGAUAAUACCGUGUUCCAUACGCAGCAGAAGGGGUUCAAGCUCAACGGCCGCAUAUUACGCGCCGCCAAGGUUGGGGUUGUGAAGAAUUCGUAGAUCUAUCUGAUGGUUGAGCGAAGCAUUGGAUGGCGCUGUGGCAAAACAAUUACCUGUACAUGUAUGAAUAUGGAGUGGGAUAAAGUGGGCGUUGGAAAGUCUGUCUUGUUGUAUCUGUAAUGAUCUCUACAUAUCACUGCUCCUCUCACUGGCGGCGGUGCGAAGAAGUCUACAUUGCUUGGCUUGCAUGCAUUGGGUUACGACCCUCAAUCAUAUCUAAUGUACAAAUCUUGCAUGCGAUAUCGCCAUGCUGUUAUGCUUCCUUUGCCUCCCCAUCGAUGAGACCAAAUUAUUUCGUGAUUCGGAAACAGACUGGAGAAGUUAUUUUUGGCUUCCAAGGCGUCAUUGGCCGAGAAGCAGAGAGAAGAGAAAAAGGAAAUGAAAAGACCUAGGCUCCAGUAUCAAACAGACACAUCCAAUAAACUCCAACACAUU